GUUUGAUUAUGAAGGUUAGUGAGAAAAAAUAAAUAUUUUCGUUGUAUUAAUUAGUGAAGAUUUAAUUUUACAUGUAAUUAAUAUUUGAUUCUGAUUAACUUUUAAUUAUAUUAAAAUAAAUUUUUAUUUUUAACGGUAUUUAAGAGAAAGUUCAAUUGAAAAUGACUUUCUUUUUAUUUUCUUGAAACAAACUUUUUUGAUUUAAAAAUCCUUAAUGAAGUUGUUCUAAUUUUUAUUUAUUACUUUUAUAAAUUGUAAAAAUAAGGUGUAAUUUAUGAUUAAUUUGAAAUCUGAAAAUGAAAAGUUAAAAUAUUUUUUUGGCAAAUAAACAAACCCAGUAUUUUGUUAGUUUUCAAUGCAAAUUUUUAAAAACUGAAAGAUUAAUUGAUUUUAUGAUUAUUUAGAAAAUAAAAAAUUAUUUUUCACAAACUAAAUUAUCCUUUAAAUUUUAUAAUUUUUUAAAACAAACAUUCUACAUUUUAAACAUCUUACUUUUGUCAAAUUAAACCUCCUCUUUAAGUUCCUUUAAAAAAAAAUCUCUUUUUUACUGUAUUUUUAUACUAAAUUUUAUUUAAAAUAAAAACUUAUUUUUGUAUGAUUAAAAAUUAAAAAAAUUAAAUAUUAAUGAUAUAUAAAUUUAAAUAUUUUUUUAGGUUUGUUUUUUAUUUUUUUCUCAUUUUCUUUUUAUAAUCAAAUAUAAAAAUAUAAAUUCUUUGAUAUUUUCUAUUUUUUUCUUAAUAUAAAAAUUAAAAUUAAUGUUUCUUUUUAUAUUAAAUAUUACUAAAAAUAAAAUUUUAUUUGAAAAAAUUUUAAUAUCAAUAAUCUGUAUAACAAAUUUAGUUAAUCAAGUUGUCAAUUUUUCUUUUUACAUUUUUUAUUCCCAAACAUGAAAAAUUAAAAUUUGUCAAAAUUUUGUUUUUAAAAAUAUUUUUGACAAUAUUCAAACGGGACUGAAGGGAGUAAAAUGUUGAAGCGGAGGUGGUGUGGCAUAUCAAUUAUGUGGACUUGCACAUAGGAGACGACGGAAAUCGACGAACAUUGCGAGGAGGAAGAGAAGAUUUUUCAUCACAUUCAUGGCAUCAGUACAUAGCAGUUCCAGAGAUUCUAGAUGGUCUCUCAACGGCAUGACAGCUCUCGUUACCGGCGGCACUCGCGGAAUCGGUCAUGCGAUUGUGGAGGAACUGGCUGGAAUGGGGGCCAUCGUGCACACUUGUUCCCGGAAGGAAAAUGAGCUCAACCGGCGCCUGCGGGACUGGGAGGCCAAAGGUUUCACCGUCACGGGCUCUGUCUGCGAUGUGUCGUCUGCGGCCCAUCGAGAGCAGCUCACGGCGAAAGUUUCUUCUCUUUUCAAUGGCAAGCUUAACAUCCUUAUAAACAAUGCCGGGACAAACUUCAGGAAACCAACUGUUGGGUACACUGCCGAAGAAUACUCAAAAAUCAUGACUACCAACUUAGAGUCUGCUUUCCAUAUGUGCCAACUUACACAUCCACUUCUAAAAGCAUCAGGAUUAGGAAACAUUGUGUUCAUUUCAUCUGUUGCAGGCGUGGUGAGUUUGGGUACAGGAUCCAUUUAUGCAGCAAGCAAAGGUGCAAUGAAUCAACUAACAAAGAAUUUGGCUUGUGAGUGGGCAAAAGAUAAUAUCAGGAGCAAUUGUGUUGCACCCUGGUAUAUUAAAACCUCGCUCGUAGAAGAUGCGCUUGGGAACAAAGAGUUCUUGGAGGCUGUAGUAUCCAGAACUCCUCUUCGGCGGCCUGGUGAACCAGAGGAAGUUUCAUCACUGGUGGCAUUCCUUUGCUUGCCUGCUGCUUCCUAUAUUACUGGGCAAGUUAUUUGUGUUGAUGGAGGAAUGACCGUCAAUGGUUUCUACCCGAACAUCUGUUAAGAGUUGCAUAAUAUUUCAGUUCCCUGUUAGGCUUCAAUAGUUUGGUGAGUAUGAUCUUAAUGGUGUGCUGCAAUUAUAAUGUAUUUUUUAAUGUGCAACAAACAGUGCAAGUACACGUGACUGUUUGUAUGGUGAAUUUUAUGCACUUUUAAUGAUAAAAUUUAACAAAUAAA